CAGAAACAACAUGGCGGCGCCCAUCAGCUGCUAACCACAAUAUUGAUCAGCUAGAGUGGCUUCUUUCCGCUUUAACCACACUGUAGCCAUAUUGCCGAAAUGGCUUCAAAUAAGGGUGCCUUCUUGGUCGGUAUUUUGACAGUGAGUGACAGAUGUCACCAAGGUUCCCAAGAGGAUAAGAGUGGACCUAACUUAAAAUCCAUAGUUGAGCAGAAAAAUGGGUUGGCAGCAUUGGUUGUUAAAACUGAGAUUGUUCCAGAUGAAACCAAACAGAUAAAGGACAUCUUAGUUGAAUGGAGUGAUAGAGCCAAGCUUGAUCUGAUUUUAACAACUGGGGGAACAGGCUUUGCCGAGAGAGAUGUCACGCCAGAGGCAACUAAAGCAGUACUUGAGAAGGAAGCUCCUGGGUUAGCUUUGUCAAUGUUGAUGGGUUCUCUCAAUGUAACACCACUAGCCAUGCUGUCAAGGCCUGCUUGCGGCAUCAGGGGUAAAUCACUCAUCCUGAACUUACCAGGAAGUAAGAAAGGAGCCCAGGAAUGUCUUGAGUUUGUAUUGCCGGCCUUGCCGCACGCCAUACAGCUGUUAAGAGGGGAUAACCAGAAGGUGGAGUCAACGCACAAAGCGAUGAUGUCAUCAGUGUCACAUGACCAGCCCGCUCGCCAUGAACACAGGAGAAUUAAGAUUCGCCGAUCCGAACAACGCCAUUUAAAAACUUUGUCUCACGCGGAUACAAAUCUAAAGCAAGUGUCUGGGAAUCCAUGCUCGGUAGUUCACGAUUCACCGUCACCACUGGAGAAUGCUAUACUCGAUCUAAGGGCCAAAUCUAACGUGGCGAUAAGGCCACAGAGUUCUCAAGUAGAGACAUUAGAUCUGGAAGAGACCUCAUUGCAUCCAGAGACAACUCCAUUCACCGAAGGAGAUGAGACGGGGGUGCAGAUUAACCGCAUCCUGAAGGCUCUGUCCCAGCACAUCAGUGAAAUAGAUGACGGGAGAGCAGCGAAGGCAGGGCAUUCGAAAGAAAGUUUCCAAGAUGAUGGGAACAGCGAGAUAGACUUGACGGCUGGACUGGAUAAGCAAAGUAAACUACGGAUAGGUAGAGGUCAGAGUUCAACAGGAAAGAGGAGCUCGUUAGAAUGCUUUACUUAUGUUGAUGCAAACAAAGAAGAUGUGAUGGAUGUUGAAGAACACAAUACCUUGGAUGAAAAGGAUAAUGAUGAGGCAAGAGAUGAUGGCACUAGUGAUGAUAACACUAUCAUAGAGGAUGACGGGGAAUCUUAUUCAAGUGGAUUCACAUGUUUACGUCUUAAAGAUGGCAAGAGUUAUCAUGAGGACGAUGGAGCUGGAAAAUACAAGAAGUCACACGACCAAAAGGGCGCCAAGUCACCACGAGUCUCGGGGAGUACUCUUCUUGACAACGAGGAACAUUCUGAUCAGACCAGAGGGGGGAACCCCAAGGACACUUAUGUUGUGUUUGAGUUUGACCCCAAUGAUAUCGAACCAAAGGAUGGAAAUGAAGAACCACAGACCAAGAAGCAACGCAUCAUUGAUUUACCGAGACCUUUCGGGAAAUCACAGCGGCAGCUGCGAGCUGGGAAAAAGUCAUCCAAAUCCAAAAUAAAGAGGAAAGAGAAGAAGUCAAAACAGCCAAACCAAAAGGAGUACAACAUCCCUGUAGGAAGUCCCCUGAGGAAUUUCCUGACAUCUGAAAUCUUACUCAAGGACGUCGCUCUGAAGCGUGGGAAGCGAGCUGUCAAGCGUGAACUCGUCACUCUCCAACGACAAGAGAAUGCGACUGCCACCCAGACGUGGCAUCGGGGUGAUCGCUUCAAUGAACGCUGCUGCUAUGAAGACCUUUUUGUGGCAACGGAAAAAGGGGAAAAAUUGCUGAACAAGGUGAAGAGAGGAGGAAAGGACCAGUAUGUGGUGAUGUGGUAUCUUUGGUGUCCAGGGAAAGGGAAGUGCCAACGGAAGUGUGGUGGUCACGGAACGUGUUUAGAAGGUUGCAAAGGCGCUCGACACAAACAAGAUCGUCAUAAUUGCUCUGUCUUGGUCACCCUCAAACUCUAUCUCUCUGACCUCCACACAUGGAAAGUCACAAUAACUGGACAACAUGCGCCACAAGAGGGCACCGUCACAUGACAAAGCAGCAAGACUCAACCACAACUGAGAGCAAGUGCGAGUGUGCACAUUUUAGUCGACUACUGACCAGCAACCUCCUUGCGCAGACUAACUUAAACAACUUGUUUGGAAUCCUAGUUGAUCAAUCCAACAUUGGUACCACUGUAUUCAAACACUCCAUUGCCUUAAUUCAGCUUGUUCAGUAUAGUGUCACUGGUUCUCCUCUGAGCUUUACACAUGUUAGCGUGAAUCAGGCUAUUUGGUUCCAAAUGGUCAACCACAGUAGCCAACCAAUGUUCGAUGACCCGGGUACCAUACAAAAUACCUUUAGAUAACCAUGGUGCGAACUUGAACUUGCUCUUUGUUAUGGAGACAGACGUCAUCUGCCCGCAGGCCUAUAUAAUCAGGAACUACGCGCUGAGAACGGAAAGUCACACAAUGAAGGUUGUACCCCACGAAUGAUCCUCCACAGAAACACUAGUCUACACUCUAUAAAGAUGCAAAUGACUUCUAAUGCAGACGCCAAGAAUUCAAGGCAAACAUUAUUUUUUCUUUUUUGCCGCGACUGAUUGACUUUUAUACUAGCAUCAUGGCUGGAUUUUAUGUUCCAAUCAUUCUUCUUAGAGAUGGGUCAACAGAUGAAUUCAUGUAGGUGCCAUGAUGUACAUUAUGUUAAGAGCAGAACAGUGUUCCUCUGGUUUACUAGCGGACAACUACCUAGACUUGAUUUAAGUCUUAGAUCGAGGUUAUUCUUCUGCAUCUAGGCCACGAAAAACGCCCCCACAUUUAGCUAUCACACGCCCUAACUUGCAAUCUUACGAGAGGGCGCUGUUUGUAGCGGCUAUCGGGACGACUAAAAAGCCACGAUCAAAGACUUGGAACCAAGUCUAACAACUACCACAUUGUGUGUAUUGUCUGUCGCUGUAGGUUCACCAUCAGUGGUUAAUGAUGGACAUCCCUUAUGUGCUAAUUACCGCCUUUCUUUUUACAUUACUUUCAAGAAGUAAAUUGUCUGCAAUAUGUUCUAUUGUGUUCAGCUCAAGAUACAUCUCAUUCAUUUUAUUUUAUGCAUUCUUUGGGUAUUCAACCCUAGGGAUCGUGAACAUUACAUUUACCUUGCAAAAAGUCCCCCAAGAAAUUCAUUGCACAUUAUGAGAACGCAUUUUUAAUUUUGUUGGGGGGGGGGGGGGCAUUUUGAGUUUCGGAAAGUCAUUGCCACAUAUAAUUGCAGUAAAUGCUGCUUGGGUCACACAUGUACAGGGCCCAUAUUCGCAGCUCUGCAUACCACUAAAUUCUGUUCUUACUAAAUGUACCUAUGAAACUGUUCAAGCUUUAUAUGGUGCCAUAAGCGCAAAAUUCCACAGUAUGAAGAGUGAUGAAAUUGUACCCUGAUCUCUGUACCGCUACACAAAAACUCAAAACACUUCGUUAACGGCGUGUGUCAAAAUGACAAUGUGUGGAAGUUUGCUUUGUUAUGCCUCCACGCUGCAACAAAAUGGCUAUACAAAUUGGAGCCCCCACAUAUGACGUAACAUGAGUUAUGAAAAAACAGAGCUUUUCGCGAGUCUUUCAGAAAAGCUCUGGGUAAGGGUGUGUGAAAUGAGGUGUUUGAUAUCUCAUUGUAUGUUUUGUAAUCUCAUUGCUUAUUUGUAACUUAUACGCACUUCUUGUCAUCUAUUUUACAUUUAAACAAACAUUAAAUUAGCAAUUUGAACGGCUUGUUUAACAGCA